AUGGGUCGAUGGCGGCGCAAGUUGGAGGAGGAUCUCCAGCAAGGCUUCCAAUAUCCAACUACCCGCCUCGGCGGGGACAGGUACUCACCGGUUGGCAUCAUGAGUCUCAUCUGCGCAAAGAUUCUUUCGAUGAAGGACCUCUCAGAAGUUUUACCCACUCUCGGCUUAUACAUGUUAACUGUUGUGCUCGGACUUCUUGUCCAUCUUGCUAUUCUCAUGACCAUCUUCUACGCCACUACCAGGACGAACCCUCUCCGAUUCUUUGAAGGCAUUCUUCAAGCGUGGCUCACAGCUUUCGCUACUGCGUCUAGUUAUGCGACACUUCCUGUAACCUUUCGUUGCCUUGAGGAUAACCUGAAAGUGGACAAGCGAGUAACACGAUUCGUUCUGCCCAUUGGCGCUACUGUCAAUAUGGACGGCACCGCCCUCUACGAAGCGGUUGCCACCAUCUUCAUUGGGCAAAUGAAUGGCUUUGCUAUGCCUUUUUCUAAGAUCCUCACUAUAAGUCUUACAGCUACCCUCGGUAGCAUUGGUGCCGCUAGUAUACCAAGUGCGGGCAUAGUCACCCUGGUACUGGUGUUGACUGCCGUUAAUUUUCCGAUAGAAGACAUUAGUCUUCUUAUGGCUGUCGACUGGUUUCUGGGUCGUUGCCGUACCUCCAUCAACGUAGUUGGAGAUUCUUACGGAGCUGGUAUAGUCUAUCAUCUCUCUAAACAGGAGCUAGACACACCCGACAAAGGGGUUGGUAUUUUUCGAAUGAUAUUUCCAAACUAA